ACCAAAGAAGAAGAAAACAACAAGAAGCCGGACUGUUAGCAUUAGCUUUAGCUUCCGUGUGCUAGCAGAGAGGCUGCUAAUGUGUGAGUGUUUGCAGUGAGAAUGUGUUGAGUCCAGCUGGAAGGAGAGUUUGUCAGCGAGCAGUUAACUCCUGCUGGAGAAACAUUCCCAGAGUUUAAAGGAAGAUUAGAUCAGAUCGAGGAGGAGAAGAUGGAUGAUCAGCACAGACUGCUGGAUUUCACCAGGAUCCCCCAGAUCAUCUUACACCGGAUAGACCUCCUGCAGGUUGGAAAAGAGGAGGAUUUCUCUGAGCAGCAGCUCUGGAAACAGGAGAGGAAUUCCAGUUUGGACCAAGAGGAACCAGAACCUCUGCAGAUGAAAGAAGAGCAGCUAAAGCCAGAAGAUCCCUGGACUAAAGAGGAAACCAUGGAGCUCCCCAUCAGUGAGCAGGAGGAGCAGCUGCUCCUCAAGCAGGAGGAAGGAGAGACCUUUAUGACAGAAAGGGACCACAUUGAACCAAUCAGGAACCAAGUCAUCUGUCAGGACUUUAGUGGCCUUCAGGACCAGGAACCAGAAGAAAUGAAUCCUAAAGACUCCGGAUCAGAUGAAGGAUCCAAACAGAAUCAGAGAUGUCAGAAAACAUUCAAAGGACGAAAGAUUUAUGAGUGUCUGUCCUGUGGGAAAAGCUUUAUGCAGAAAUCUUAUCUUGAUACACACAUCAGAACUCACACUGGGCAGAAACCUUUCUCCUGUAAAAUCUGUGGUAAAAGUUUUACUGAAAAACGUAACUUGACUCAUCACAUGACAUCUCAUUCUGGUGAAAGGCCUUUUUCCUGUAAGACCUGCGGAAAAAUGUUUAAAAGAAAAGAUGUUUUGAAUGAACAUAUGAGAACUCACUCAGGGGAGAAGCCGUUUGGAUGUCCGUUGUGUGGAAAAAGCUUUACUAACAAAACUAAUCUUGACAAACACAGGAGAACUCACUCUGGUGAGAAGCCGUUCUCCUGUAAGAUUUGUGAAAAAAGUUUUUCUGAAAAAGGCAGCUUGACCGACCACAUGAGAACACACACAGGGGAGAAACCCUUUAAAUGUCUGUUCUGUGGAAAAAGCUUUGCUCAGAAAUCUGUUCUCAGCAGACACAUUAGAAUUCACACAGGGGAGAAGCUCUUUUCUUGUACGAUUUGCGGUAAAAGUUUUACUGAAAAGGGUAGUUUGACUCAACACAGGACAACUCACUCAGAUGAAAGACCUUUUUCAUGUAAGACCUGUGGAAAAAUGUUCAAAAGAAGAGCUUUAUUAAAUAUACAUAUGGCAACUCACACAGGUGAGAAACCUUUUAAAUGUCUGUCCUGUGGAAAAAAUUUCACUAAGAAAAGCAGUCUUGAUCGACACAUCCGAACUCACACCGGGGAAAAACCUUUCUCCUGUAAAAUCUGUGGUAAAAGUUUUACUCGUAAAAGUAAUCUUUCCUCUCACAUGACGGCUCACGGUUAGAAAUGUUUUUUAUGCAAAGCA